AAGCAAGCAAGGAAGCUCUCGUUUCGACAUUCGACAGUUGUUAACCUAAGUUUGUGUCGCUGUACAAGUGAGAUAUUAUUGAAUUAAGUUAUUAAAAGCACUAUUAAUGUCAGAAUUCCAGUCGGCUUUACUACUACGAAAACAACUGACUGAACUGAAGAAAUGUCCAGUGGACGGGUUCUCGGCGGGUCUCAUAGAUGACAGCGACGUGUACCGAUGGGAGGUGAUGGUGAUUGGGCCGCCCGACACACCCUAUGAGGGCGGCUUCUUCAAGGCUCACCUCAUCUUCCCCAAGGAGUAUCCUCUGCGGCCACCCACUAUGAAAUUCGUGUCGGAAAUGUGGCACCCGAAUAUCGACAAGGCGGGCAACGUGUGCAUCUCGAUCCUGCACGAGCCGGGCGACGACCGGUGGGGCUACGAGUUGGCAUCCGAGCGCUGGCUACCCGUGCACACAGUCGAGACCAUCCUCGUGUCGGUCAUCUCGAUGCUGGCCGACCCCAACAGUGACAGCCCCGCCAAUGUGGACGCUGCCAAACAGCUGCGCGACGACUACCCCGCCUUCAAGAGCAACGUGGCGCGCUGUGUACGCAAGAGUCAGGACAACUUCGAAUAAGGGCCACUUUGUCCGCUACCAACCCUAUAAGGAAUUUACUGUACCGAUAUCAAUAUAAACUGGAUGUCCAAAUAGUCACACACCAGGGAUUUCACACUUUUACUCAUUAAUUAAUCAUAAAAUCAACAAUAAUUAUUAAAUGAAAAAGACUAAGAAAUUGUCAAAAAACCACAGAUUUAUUGAUACUUAGGAAGACCGGUUUCGGUUAUUACACCAUUUUCAAUCUCUGAGUUAAUCAGUGAGUUUAAUACCGGUGUAAUAACCGAAACCGGUCUUUCUAAGUAUCAAUAAAUCUGUGUUUUUUGACAAUUUCUUAGUCUUUUUCAUUUAAUAUGAAUAAUUACCACAAUAUCAACUACACAAAAAGUCUACAAUAAUUACUUCAACACAUCGAAAUUAAAAACAUUUAUACCAUAAAUACCAAAGUACUCAUUAGAAAUUAAUAUUUAUAACAAUGGAAAAAGAAAAUUCAAAAGGUAUUUUACAAUGAUCUUUAAAUUUAAUAUGAUUUUGUUCAAGCUAUUUACAUUUUACAAUGAUUCAAUACACUCAAACGGAAGCCACAUUGAACAAAUUUCAUGAAAUAUAUUGUUAAUAAUGUGAUUGAUUAAUGAAACUUAUGAAAAUUUUUAUUAUGAACUAUCUAACUUCCAUAAUAAAAUUUUAUGUAAUACAGGGUCACUACAACAGAUUCAUAGGAUUUAAAAAAAUAAUUACCAAAGUACUCAUUCGGAAUGAAUAGUAUUUAUACCAAUGGAAAGAGGAAAUUCGAAUGGUAUUUUACAAUAAAUACCUUUACAUUUUACAAUAAAUACCUUUGACGGCCCUAUUUGAUUAGGCAGCCAGGACACUUAGUCAACCAGGCAACCACCAUAUCACACAGGCAGUAGCUCAUUCGUUACUCCAAAAGUUCAUGAUCAAAAAAAUUCAUAAGGGAUUUGACACUUGGUUUCAUUAAUCAAUCACAUUGUUAACAAUACAAUUCAUGAAAUUUGUUCAAUAUGGCUUCCGUUCCGUUUUGAAUCAUUGUAAAAUGUAACUAACUUGAAUGCUCAUAGUAGAUUUUUCUGGAGAAUCAUUGUUAGGAAGGACUUUUCGGUGUUCUAUCACUUUGAUUCAACUUCAUGUACCUUCACUAAUUCAUUAAAUUGUGUACAAAUAAUUAAUUUGAGGUAAGGCAGAACUGGCUCAUCCUCAUGCCAAAACUUUCCAUUUUCCAAUGCAUACUAACUUACACAGGCCAAAUGAAAAUAUGGGUUGUCACUUUAGCUUUACAAAAUAAAUUACAUUCAGCUCAGAAAAACAUAUCUUCAAUUUAUAAUAGUAAUUGCGAAUGUCUUGAAUUAACAAAAUCUGAAGAAAUAAUUAUUCAAAAGUCUAAACAUUUUUGAAUGAAACUAGAAAUUUUUGAGCUAAAAAACUCACGCACUAUUUACAAUAGCCUACCACUUGAGUUGAAACAUAUUAAAUACAUUUUGCUCUCUAAAUCAGGGUUGUAGUUCAGUAUUUAAACAACAAACGUUGACUUUUGCAUCAUCAAAUCUUUACUAUCCAUAGAUUUCAAGCCUAAUGGGUUUUACCACUCGUCGCUUUUCAAAUAUGUUUCGACAUAAACAGAAGUAAUAUUGUGAAAUAUUUUAUUGAUGAGAUAAAAGUGUAAAAUUAAAAUCCCUGUGACUUUUCAAUGCUGUAGUUGUUGGUUGCUCGACAACAAAGGUGAGCUCAAGUUAGUUGUGCUCCAAGAAUUGUAAGAAACAAAACUAGACUGAGAACGACUUUGAGGCCUAGCAACCAAUUCUUGUUCCAGAUCAUGCCACAAUCAGAUUCUCGUUAUUUGUUGCUAAACAACAAAGUCAAACUCAAAUAACUGUUUUGUUUCUAUGACUCUGAGCUUGACUUGAUAACCAAUCAGGCUAUUCUUGUACUUGGUUGUGGCGCUAGCCCAAGGCCUCAAUUCUAGUACUGAGAUUGGGUUGGUAGCAACAAAGUUAUGUUUUACAAAUCGUUUAUAAAUACGGCCCUCAGAUUUGUCUACAGUAUGAUGAGUGUGGUAUGCGUGAAAAAUAGACAAUUAUGUCAACAUUUCCUUCAUGCAAUUUUGUGUUAGUUUUAAUUUUUGUUCAGUGUAUUUAACAUGUGUGGACGGACAUAUUAUAAAUGUUUUGUGUCCGAUCUCAUACAAAUGCCCUUACUUGUAAACAAGUUUCAUCGUGGCUCAACUUAUGUGCGGUACUACACUGUUUGCUCUCUUGUAAAGGAUAUUUCUCAUAUUGAGAUAUGAAAUGAUGGUGAACCGAUUAUAGCGCUUUUCGAGAUCCACUUGUCUUUAUUUAUGAUAACGGGUGAUCCAAUAACAGUGAACUAUUAAUAGAUUAAAAUGGUGUGUAUUACAUUUCAACCUCGCGCCACUAAACAUCACAAGCUCUUUUCAUGAAAUGUUUGAUUAAACACUGUUAUUUCUAUUCUGUUUCAUUUUUUCCAACCUGUUCUUCAACCUAUUCAUUAAUCGUAUUUAGGGCCUGUUCUGGUUUUUAUAACUUCCGAAUUGAAAUACAUUGUAUACCCUAUACGAGUUACAUCAAUUCGGAAGUUAUAAAAAUUAAGAGCAUAGUGUUCCAUUUUCAAGUAUUAGAACAAUUAUUAUUUAUGUCAGCUGUUGAAUUUUACCUACAUAAAAAAAAUAUAUAAAAUUAACACCCUUAUUGGUUCACCUGUUAUAUAAGCAAUAAUUAUUUAACAAAUUUACAGUGGCUUACUAUUGUAAAUAUCAUUAGGUAUAUUGCUAUGGACUAAUUCAUAUAGCUUGAAACUUUUCCCCAAAUAACUAAUAUUAGAUGAGUGCAGGCGUUCAGUACCUUGAAAAAUUCUAUAUUAAUUCAUCCAAAAAUAAUAUACGCUUCAUUACAUUAAUAUCAGUUUUAUUCCUAUCUCAAAUUUUAGUUUUGUUUUUCCAUCGAUUUCAAUAGAAGAUUACUGUUUUAAAACACUAAACUUAGUUACGAAUCGAUAGUAUGUUAUUCAAUAAUGUUGAAUCAACAUUCAACAUGAGAAUAAUUCAACUUGAAAAUAGCCUAUAAAUAUUCCAGGGUUUUCACAAUGUUGUAAUUUCUCUUGUAAAAAAGAGAUUGCAAUUAGAAGAGAGAUUGAGAUUCUUGUUAUGUUAAAUCAUAUCAAAGUUUACCCGCUUGUAAAAAUAUUAGAACUGCCAAUUAAACGAAACUACCAUACUGUGAUUUCUGACUUUCUUUAAGAAAAGUCUGAUGUCAGAAUACUCUUCAAUUAACUUGAUUAGUCAGAUUUAAUCUGUGAGUUUUAUACAUAAGGACUAACACAAAAGUUACUAUUUGAUAAUUGUCCUCAUUUCAAAUUUAAAUUAUGUUGUAUUCUAUACCUUGUAAAUUACUUCAUAUAUUAUCAACUGAACGGAUACUAAUUGAAAGGAUAGAUCUAGGAAGUAGGAACUGAAAUAGGUGAAUAACUUGAUACUUGUAAUUACAUUGAAUUAUUAUUUUAGUCGAAUUAUACUUAACUUAUUCUACACUUGUAUGUGAGGGAAAAUUAAUUAUAAAAUAGCAUUAGUUAGUUUUUCAUUGUUUGGGGGAAUCAAAUUGGGGGUAACAAUCUACAAGAAAAAAACAACUCAUAGGUACUCUUAUUAUUAGAACGUAUUUUUUAUACAAUCAAAUUCAACCCUAAUAAGAAUAGUGUAAGAAUCUCCGUAUGUAUAAGUGAAACGUCAAAAAACUUCGAUUUCUUUAUGUUCGCCAAAUAUGAGAUUGGUAUGGGCCUACAUGAAAAAGGAAUCAUUUUGUGCUAUAACUUGUUAUGAACAUAAUAAAGUUUUUUAGUCCAAUUGAAAA